AUGAGUAUGGUUGAUGUUCCGACACUGCUUGAGCCUACUUCUAAUAGUCAUCGUCUCAGUUCUGAUCAAGAUCAUACUUAUUGUAGCAUAAGUGAUGCUUAUGGUACACCACUUGCUCACCGACUUAAACAAUUCCGCAAUGAAAGCAUCGGUUGUGACGUUGAAUUUAUUGUUGGAACAGAGCAAAAAGCAAUUAAAGCCCACAGACUUAUUCUUAGUUGCGGUUCAAAAGUAUUUGCUACGAUGUUUUAUGGUAAAAUGACACAAGAAAGCCAAGAGGAUAAUCUAACGACAGUUGUAGUUCCGGACAUCAAUUCUCACGCUUUUACAACUCUCAUUAAUUUUCUGUAUUCGGAUUUGAAUAUAGAUGCAGUUAAAUUGGACGACGAUGAUGUGAUGCAAACACUCUACGCGGCAAAGAAGUAUGAUGUUAAAGAUCUUAUUUUGGCAUGCAUUCGGUAUUUAACGACUUGCUUGACUGCUUCGAAUGCACUCUGUUUGCUUUCACAGGCACGUUUCUUCGACGAGCCGUUUCUGAUGAAGCGUUGUUUGCAGGUGAUUGAUACAAACACUGAUGAAGCUCUGAAAUCUCCAGGGAUUCGAGACAUUGAUCGUGAUACGCUUAUAACAGUACUACAGAGAAGUGAGCUGGAUCCGAGCAGUGAACUUGUUAUUUUCAGAGCCGCACAGUCUUGGAGCGAAGCGGAGUGCGAACGACGGGAAAUUGAAGUAAAUCCUUCAAAUCAACGCCAAGUUCUUGGUCCAGUACUUUCACUUAUACGAUUCCCAUUGAUGACAGUUCAUGAAUUUGGUGAAGCAGCGACCUCAUCACUAUUAAACUGUGAGGAAAUUGCUCAGGUGUUUCUUCACUUGACCGUUGUUCCGCGUCCUCCGGUUUCCUAUCCGACAGGUUUAAGAUGUAGUGGUCGUUCACGGCACGUAUUAAAACGUUUUCCUGUCCUGUCGAAUAAACGCUGUAACAGACGAGAAAAUAAAUUCUGUUUCAUGGUAGAUCGUGAAAUUUUGGUAAGUGGUUUCGGGAUAUUCGGAUUUGCACCAAUGACAAAAUCGCAUUUAUCAUUCGUCGACCCAUCAUUGGCUCUCGCUUGGCGAACUCAAGUGGAAAUCCAGGUAUUACCCUCACCAGAUGUCCGAGAUGGUGGCAUGAAAAUGAAUUAUGCAAGUGCGACAGAAACUGUCAUCAUUCAAGGGACAAUGGGUGACGUAAAGCCCAUUGUGGCUAGUUUCAGAAAACCAGUGCCUGUGCGACCCAAUAUUUUUUAUAUAGCUGGAAUGAAAUUUCUGUCGGAUGCGACUGUAGAGACUUAUAGUGGCAAGGAAGGCAUCGAAACAGCAACGAUAUCAUUACCAUUUGAUGAAGAAGUCAGUUUUCAUUUCCAAAGUUUCCGGAAUUCCUAUGGAAAUGAAGAUGUUAGUCGUUUUGAAGGACAGCUUCCUGAAAUACAUUUCUUUGUUCAGUGGCCCGAAGGAACUCACUAG